AUGCUCACCAACAACCACGCUCAACGAGUGUGCCGCCUGCUGGGCGUCACGCUGCUGCUCCUUGUGCACUGCGCCGUCAGCACACUCGCAGUGACGGAGCACCACCGCUGCAUGCACGAUUACGUAUCCUACAGUGUUGAUCCUCCUCUGAAUGUGCCGACUAGUACUAUAAAACAAUCUGAGGUGCCUUCAAGUUCUUCCACUGUGACAUCUGAAUUUGUGACAUUCACGGGAACCGAUGAAAGCUUUUCUCUUCCGUUACCGCUGGCGGGAUGGAAGCCUAUUCGCAUCAAGGUAGUCGUGGUGGAGCCGAAGGGCUCAGCGACGUGUAAGAGCGCCUCAGAUGUGGUGAGUACCACUUUUGAGAUCAGUGUGAACUGUACGGAGGGGGAUGUCAUGACGGAGAACAAGAAGAAGAUUCUGGUUGAAACUAUUAUCCCCGAGGCUGUGAAGCUGCACACUGAGCGCCUGUAUGUGAAGCCUGCAGAGUACCGUAUUGUUGUGCCAAGGUUCAAUGGCGGGAAUCCCUGUAGCCGUUUCAACAUUCCUGAAGAGCACCAUACUGCAGGUGUUGACAACGCUGACAUGGUGCUGUACGCCGCAGCUGCGCCGACGGUUGAUGGAGCCUUUGCGUGGGCGGCGACGUGCGCGGUGCAGGGCGAUGGGCGGCCGCUGAUUGGCAUGAUCAACUACAGCCCGCGCCACAUUGCCCGCACGUCGCAGGCCGUCCGUGUUGCCGCACACGAGAUUGCGCACACCCUUGGGCUUAACAUUAAGACGAUGGAGAAACACGCGAGGAAUGACGAUAUACUUUCGAUUUCUAAACCCGACGGUAUCAUUAACUAUAUCUUUGACGCACCGAAUAUAAGGAAUGUGACAACGUACCAUUAUGGCUGCAGUCGAUCGAUAACUAUGUUACUUGAACACGAAGCGCCGUAUACCGCUGCAGUCAUGGGUGAAGAGAAAAGAUUGGCAGCAGAGACAAUAACUGCCCCCAAGCCUGGAGGUGUGGCGGCAGCACCGGCAGUAACUGCUUCAGGUGACGAGGAUGAUGUCGACGAUGAUCCACCGGAAUUUGAUGAAGACGAUUUUGAACCUUACGUAAAGCCUUUGCCUUCAUUGAAUAAUGUCAGGGUGCUUUAUUCACCUCACUGGAAGCGGCGCGUUGCGAAGGACGAGCUGAUGACCGGCCUUGUUGGUGCUGGGCGCUACACGCUGUUGACACUUGCAGCGUUCGCUGAUUUGAAGUUUUUUAUGGUUGACUGGACAAAGGCGGAGCCGAUGAGUUGGGGAAAAAAUGCUGGAUGCGAUUUUUUCCUCGGUAAAACCAAGUGCGUUGAAAACGGUGUAUCUAAGUACCCCAGUAUGUUCUGCGCCGAUUCCACCGAUAAGAAGCUACGGUGCACGUCUGACCGCCAGGCGUUGGGGACAUGUGCCGUUGAGAAGUAUAACACUAUUCCUUCGGAGUACAGGUACUUCGAGACGACGACGGAUGGGAAGAUGCGUGGCGGCCGGCGGGAGGACAUGAUGGACUACUGCCCCAUUAUUGUGGCGGACAAAGGCUACAGCUGCAUUGAUGGCACCGAGAGCAACAUGCCUGGGAGUCUUGUCGGCGCCAGCUCUCGCUGCGUUGAGGGGAAUAAUCUUAAGGUGGGAGACAAGGUGGUCGGCGACGUGUGUGUGCGCGUGGCGUGUAUUGAUGGGUNAGCUCUCGCUGCGUUGAGGGGAAUAAUCUUAAGGUGGGAGACAAGGUGGUCGGCGACGUGUGUGUGCGCGUGGCGUGUAUUGAUGGGUCGGUGUACGUGCAGUACGCUGGUGCCCCCACGUAUUACUUGUGCCCGGAGGGGGAGUCUCUGA